AGCAACAAGUAAAAUGGGUGGUGACGUCUGUGUGUGAGUAUUAUGGGCUGUCUGGCAUUAAGCAGCGGUUGAAAAAAGAGCGAGAGAUCCGAGUAAACAUGGAGCUCUCAGCUGUAGGGGAGCGAGUGUUCGCAGCCGAAUCCAUCAUUAAACGCAGGAUUAGGAAAGGGCGAAUGGAAUACCUGGUCAAGUGGAAGGGUUGGUCUCAGAAGUACAGCACCUGGGAACCUGAGGAAAACAUCCUGGAUGCCCGCCUGUUCGCAGCGUUUGAAGAAAGGGAACGUGAAAGGGAGCUGUUUGGGCCAAAAAAACGGGGACCAAAACCCAAAACGUUUCUGUUAAAGGCACAAGCCAAGGCUAAAGCCAAGACAUAUGAAUUCAGAAGUGAUGCAGCUCGGGGGAUUCGAGUCCCUUACCAAGGAGGGAUUGAUCCAGAUCCUGGUAUCCUUCCCAGGUCCCGAGAAGGGUUGAGGAGGAUCGUCCCGACCAUUCUGCCUCCUGGCAGCAUCAACAGAGGGGAAAGUGUUAGAAGCAGCGGGGCUGUAGAUACGCCGCGAGAUAAAAAACAAACAGAACCUCAAGAAGGAGUACGAGUGCCUAAAAAACGAGGUCCAAAACCUGGCAAAUCCCGUUUGAAAAAUAAAGCAGCGACUUCUGUCACAGAGGCUUCCAAAAGAAGUAAACUGGACUAUCACGGGGAAAGUGCGGGAAAUUACCAACGUGUGAAAGCGGGAAAUCCCGAUGGAACUAUCUCUGAGAAGACCGGACCAGGUUUAAGUGUGAUUCAGUUAUCCAGGUGGCAGCAAGGUGAACCAGGUUCCGGUCACAAACAUGGACGAGGGGCACCGAGUGGCAACACCCAUAAAUAUGGUACAGAAAGCAGUGUUAACCUGGCCAAAUCGGGCUUAGAUGUGCCUAGAACUAAGUACAGGGUAGAAAAUACUGGGUCCCCACACCACAGAAGGAAGCAUGUCUCGAAAAACAGUACCUAUGCGCCCAGCAGUAAUUCUUCAAGUUCAAAACCAUCCCUUAUUGCCAACAUACCAGUGUCGAGAAUACUGGGAGAGCCAGAAGAAGAAUCCUGGAGCCCGUCUUUGAAGAACCUGGAGAAAGUUGUUGUAACGGACGUAACAACAAACUUUCUGACUGUAACCAUCAAAGAAAGCAGCACGGAUGAAGGGUUCUUUAAGGAGAAAAUAUAAAAAAGAACAUUAGGACGUUAUUUAUAUUCUGAAGUGAAAAUACAUUUUGAAUUUCAAUCUUGCAGAAAAAAGAAAUUUGAACUUAAAAUAAUUUUAUAUGAUUGUACAUAGAUAAAAUAUAUAGAUUAUAUAUAAACAUGUAAAUGGAAAAAUAGUUUAUUUAAUGUGUCGACCAAAAUGUUGCAACCGUUUCCGUAUAAGCUAUAUAAAUUGGACUGCUACGUAGGACGGCCUGUAUUUACUCUGUUGCAUGCUGUAAAAAUAAGCUGUAUGGGUAUUACAAAUGUGUGCUUAAAAUGCAGGUGAUCAUCUGUAUAGCCUUACAUUUUGAAUUGUACCAAUAUGUGUAGGUAUGCAAUCAUGGUAACAUACAAAUACACGCUUUUCUGUUUAUUACCAAUGCAUGCAAACUGUAUAUUUUAUAGCAUUUCGAAGGAGGUAUUUAGCAGAAUGUACCGGUAAAUUAGUACUAGCACCAAAGAACGUGCUGUAUAAAAGUUUCAAGGUUCUAAGGAAAUGCGUCAUUUGUAUCAACAGCAUAUGAGUAAGCUUAAUUCAAUGUCAUACCUUGUUUGUUUUGUUUACAUUAUUUACUUAAGCAUAUUUUCAAGGCUUAGGAUCCUCUUUUACAUCAGAAUCGUGGACUCUUUCAACAAAGCAAAUAGGAGUCGCCUCAUAAAUUGUGAAGUCAUAACAAAACGUGUUUAAUUAUAGAUACAAUUCAUAUUUUGGAAUGUAAGGACGCCACAGUGCUGUAUUGUUCUGAAACACCUCUCAACCCGUUUAUGCAGUACCUUUAUAUUUGAAACAUCCUGAGGCCUUAUCUGAUUUAUUUUUAACGAAUGAGAAAGUUCAUAUACAAAGCACCGACAUAUUAGCCGCUAUUAGUAAACAUUUGGUAUACAUAAAUAAAUACGAAAUCCACAAAAGACUGGCUUAAUAGUACAUAAUAAAUUGACUCUAUCGCUCAUCCAUACAGCUUUUGAAUCGGUUUAAGUACAUAUUAUGAACUAGGGUUUUGCAAUUCGUAUAAUUAUUUAGAUCAACCCUAGAAUAAUACUCUUUCAUCUAAUUUUAUGAUACUGUGUUUUGAAUGAAAGCUAUAUGGAUUCUGUUUGUGUUUUCUAGUUUCUCAAAUAGUUUCGUUUCAGAUCCAUCAGUUCAACCUGUGAAACGCUGACGUGUUGUAUUUGGUUAGUUAAAUAUCUUAUGCAAAUCUUCAGAUAUUGCUUGUAUUGUGAGAUCAGCAGUGCUACAUGGCCGUGUGUGUGCCGUCUGAUCCCUACCAGCCAUAGUGGAAGGCGACAGUGGUUAUAGGAAUAGUGAUCAAGUCAUAUAGCGUACCAUACCUGUAUCCUAUAUCUUAAACUGGGACUUAUAAUUUUAAUAGCAUGGUGAAAAGAAUAUGAUACCUUAUACUUUUUGAAACCGACUGUUUAACAAUUAAUGAAGGCUUUUACCUAUAUUUACUUACAAUAAUGUGUUGUGUUAAUACUACGUUAAAAAAAAUCUUCAGUAACAGUAUUUAUGUAAUGCUAAAGCCCAAGCAUCGCAAAAAUACAAAAAGAUUGUGUUAAUUAGCAAUAGCAAAAUGUUUCCAGUCAUGAGCCUAAAUAAAAACGCAGUUAUUUAUUACAAUCUAUAUACUACCCAAUUUAUAAAGGUGCAUUAAGCGUUUCCGAGACACCGUUUUGGGUGAGUUUGUGAGUUUAGAACGAACUCAGGUUCAUUGAGAAUUUCUCUGGAACAAAUACGGGAACAUUUCUGAAAAUGUAAUUUGUGUGCAUGGGUUGAGAACGGGUUUCAAGAGAGAAAAAGAAGAGUUUACUCACAAGGACUUCUCCAGGAGAAGCUUGGGACUUGCAUGCGUGGUACAAAUGUAUUCCUUACAACAUUAUCUUCUAUUUUACGAUUUCAACAAGCUGCUGUUCCAUUAACUUGACUUCUCGAGUCGGGUUGGCAAAUGACGCGUCUGGCGCAGUAUAGCAAUCAGUUUGACAGCACAAACAUGACCAUGUUUAGUAAAUAUAUAGUGCAUAAUUUCCUGUGCAAGUAUUUUUUUUUCUGUAAAAUAAUUUGAAAUAUGGUAACUUGAGGUAGGCCUACUUCUUUCCCAUAUUAUUUGGUGUCUGUUUUAUACCUCUGCAAGUUAUUAUACCUCUGCAAGUAUUUACUACUAAUUUUAUCAACCGAUUCUUAAACAGGUUAGUUGAUCAUUUUAAUUUUCAAAAACAACGAAGCAAAGAGACUCACAAAACUGCAGGAGAUGAUUGUGACAAUAAUAAUAAUAAUAAUAAUAAUAAUAAUAAUAAUAAUAAUAAUAAUAAUAAUAAUAAUAAACGAACAAGCAAUACUCUUCAUUGCAAUCAUAAUAUAAUUAUGAACGAUGCCGCAAAAUGUGCAACUAAAUACAUUUCUUUAAAAUUACAACAGUAUCCUUUUGACCCGCUAUUAAGUAACUGAUUUUAAUUGAAACAAAAAUCAAUGCAUCUCGUAACAAUAGUGGGUUUUGUUUAGGGGCCCCAGAAGUUACAUUAGACACAUGUGUAUAUGUGUUGCAGUGUAUCAUUCAGAAAGACUUCACAAGCAGCCCUAUAUUCUUAGCACCCGUUCCCUGUGUUUCACUGUGGGGACCGAAUUGGUCACAAUGCAUUGCUGGAGGAUCCUGAGACUUUCGGAGGUAAUAAUAUACAAAUGUUGCUGCUGUUUGAAGCAGCUGUUACAGCUUAUGCAAAUAAAUGGAAAACACGUGGAUGAAACCAUG